UCAGGUCCAGAGCUAUCCUUUAUAUUUCCCCCCGACUAAGCAACAAUUACAGUAUGCGGUGUCUUCCCAUCCUGGCUAGAUAAGUGAAGUGCAACGUAAUAGUUUUCACUCAUCCAAUCAGCAAGCAGUGCGCAGUUACCAGUUGCAGUUUCCAACUGCCCAUAAUUCAAGCAAUACACACAUCAGUUGAGUGCUCUGUCUUGAGAAACAAGUGGUGAUCAUAACGGCCCUGAUAACAGUCACACUCACAACUGGUUACUUCACACCCACUGACAGUCUCGCCACAUUCACAGGCCAUCGACUAGUCUUCAGCUUCAAUUUCCACCAACUCACAAAAAAUGGAAAUUGGCACCAAAACCCCCUGGGAAUGUCAACUCUGCUUUGAGAGUUAUGAUGAGACGGACAGACGGCCACGCGCUCUACCCUGUGGUCAUCCAUUCUGUUCACCCUGCAUCACCAACAUGAUCAAGAAUGAUCAGCUCACAUGUCCCUAUUGUCGUGCCACGCACAGAGCUACCAGCUAUACUGAUUUUCCCAUCAGCUAUGGCAUGGAGGAAUUUAUUAGAUCAUUAAAGUCACCAUCAAUAGCAACAAAACCUGUCCAAGACCCAUCAGGAGUCAUCGGCAAGAACCUACAAGCUUUGAUGCUGGAACAGGAAAAUUACAUGAAGAAGAGUCGUGAACUCAUCUGCCAAAAUUUAUUGAAACAGAUGGAUUUGUAUGAUGCUGAGCUGGUAAACUCCCAAAAAGAUCAUGAACAACUUGUUACAAGAUUGAAUAGUUUAGUAGAACAGAACAAGUUUGCAACACAACUCCUGCAGAGACAGAGGAACAUUAUACAAAUUAAAAAGACAGCUUUUGAAAACCUGAAGAAGAAACAAAGCACUAUACAGACAUGUAUGAGCUCAGCCAGUACUACUCAGGAAGCUCUCAGUGCUGUUGAGGAUCAACUCGGCUGCUCAACAGAGAUGAAAAACUGGAUUCGGAACUGCCAAGAGGAUUUUCCUGAUGUUGAAGCUAUUCACAUUUCAAUGAAGGUACGAGAGGUCACCAGGAUGACUCUUGACAAUGUGAUCAUUAAGGACAACAGUAUGGUGGCCAUCCCCACCCAUCUGAUAACUCUCAUCCGUACACAAGAAAAGUCAUCUACCAUCAUGGACAGAGUCAAGCUGAUUACAUUUUCUGUGAACGACUUACAGCAGAAGGGAGAGUUUGUAAAGAGUCUGUUAGAGGCUGGUCGUGUGGUGGCUGUCAAACAAGACAAUGGUAUCCUUCACUGCUCCAGGAUAACACUACGAAGUGAAAUGUUACACCUUCACACACUCCUGAAGAAACCCAAGCCAGGCAAUGCUUGCACACUGGAGUACAGUAGUGUGGUCAACCUGCUGAACUCCUCCUCCACUCGGGUCAACCUGCUGAACUCCUCCUCCACUCGGGUCAACCCGCUGAACUCCUCCUCCACUCGGGUCAACCUGCUGAACUCCUCCUCCACUCGGGUCAACCCGCUGAACUCCUCCUCCACUCGGGUCAACCUGCUGAACUCCUCCUCCACUCGGAUCAACCCGCUGAACUACUCCACUAGGGUCAACCCGCUGAACUACUCCUCCACUCGGGUCAACCUGCUGAACUCCUCCUCCACUCUAGUUUUCUUAGACCUGGGGUGGAGGGGAUCAACACAAGGGAGGAUCUACAUCCAGCUGAGUCCUGACACUGAGAUGGCCAAACAGUUCAUGUGGUUGUGUACAGGGCAGAAAGGUCCCUCAUACCUCAACUCCUGUAUCUUUAGUAGAGAUUUUGUGUGGGGCAGUACAAGAUGGUAUAUAAGUGGUGGAGACUAUGAGAAGAACAAUGGCAAGGGAGGGGCCCCACUACUGUCAGGGAUGCAUUACCGCAACGAGUACAACAGGACUGGCAAGGGGCUGGUGACAUAUAAGGAUGACCCUUGGAGUCCUACAAGUGCCCAGUUCUGCAUCUACUGGGAUGAAUCAAAAAGUGAGCGUGCAUUUGGUCAGGUGGUGCAAGGACUUGAGGUGGUACAGAGUGCAGCUUAUUUCAUCAGGGAAGCUAAAGUGGUUGACUGUGGUGUUGUUUUGCCUUCAUAGCUCACCUUACCAUGUAUCACCACCAUGUGUCUUCUACCUGUAUCACUUAACAUGUGUAUAACUCCUUUGUGUAACCUCCCAGUAUCACCACCAACAUGUGUCACCUCCUUGUAUCACCACCAACAUGUGUCACCUCCCUGUAUCACCACCACCAUGUGUCACCUCCCUGUAUCAUCACCAUCAUGUGUCACCUCCCUGUAUCACCACCACUAUGUGUCACCUUGUA